GCAUUUAAAGUGUCCAUCUUUUGGAUGUAGCACACACAGACACACCCACAAAUAAAAGAAGAUAUCCACAACCGCACGCCUUACUUCUAUUACAAAGGCCACACAAGUUUUCGACCCUUCAUUACCCUUUUUCUUCUUUUCACGCACAUCUUCCUCUUCACAAUGGAGGCUCAGAAGGUGGUAUUAAAGGUCCUUACUAUGAUAGAUGAAAAAACAAAGAAGAAAGCAAUAGAAGCAGCUGCAGAUAUCUAUGGGGUUGAUUCGAUAGCUGCAGAUGUGAAGGAACAGAAGUUGAUAGUGGUUGGCGAAAUGGAUGCAGUGGCGGUGGUGAAGAAGCUGAAGAAAGUAGGGAAGGUAGAUAUAAUAUCAGUUGGACCUGCAAAGGAAGAGAAGAAAGAAGAAAAGAAAGAGGAAAAGAAAGAGGAAAAGAAUGAAGAGAAGCCAGAAGAGAAACCGGAAGAGAAAAAAUAAAAGCAAUACAUAUCAUCCAAAUUUUCAAAUUCUUCCCCUCCUUUAAGAUAUCCCGAUAUAGAUAUUAAGCAGCAGAUUGUUCGUAUAGUUUAUGAAUAAUGAAAACUUUUCUCGGUUCGAAUUA